CGUUGAUGCAUUUACUAAUGAAUGCCAUAAGCGCUCCAUUUUGAGGUAAAACGCAAGUAUGAAUAAUAGAUACGCUUUCUCUCAUGGAUCAUUUUGCAAUGGAAAAAGAUCUUACAGAAUUUUACCUGGUAUUAAGUCUGGAUGUUAAAAUAGCGUUGAAUAAAACACAACCUUUAUGAGUUGGUCUGACUUACCAUCUUUGUAAUAGAAAAUAAAGAAAAAAUAGCAAAAUGGAGGACAAAAGAGUUAAAGAUUUGCUGAAACAGGUCCAAAGUCAGUGUUUACAUAAAGGUGUUGGUGGAAUAAAAGAUCUUGCGGUUGUUUUUCGUAGAAUGGACAAAGAUUUCUCAAAGCGUCUCUGUUACGCGGAAUUUUGCGAAGGAAUGAUGAACUAUGGUCUCCAAGUAGAAGAAAAGGAUCUAAAUUUGUUGUUUGAAACCUUUGACAAAAAUAACAGCAAGCAGAUAGAGUUUAUGGAACUGGUGUCAAAACUCCAGCCACCCAUGUCAGAGAAACGAGUCGAAGUAGUAAAUCAAGCGUUUGAUGCAUUGGAUGCAAAUAAAGAUGGCGUCUUGAAAAUGGAAGACUUGAAAGUUGUCUAUUCAAAAAACGCAAAGAACCAUCCAAAAUGCAUUUCCGGUGAGUGGACAGAAGAACAGGCGUUACGGCAUUUCUUGGACAGUAUCGAUACCCCUGGUAAUCCAGAUGGGAAGGUGACACGUGAAGAAUUUGUGAACUACUACGCAGGAGUCAGUUUAACAGUAGAUGAUGACUGUUAUUUCGAUCUGAUGAUGAGGGCGUGUUAUGGUCUUCCAAAUAAAGGAACAUAGAACAACAAUGACAUCUGAAACAUUUUAUCCCACGAUUUUUAUGUUGUCGUAAAAUUGAAUAGAAGAAGACUAAUAUUAGUUGUAUUUAAAUAGUUCGAAGUGAGCUUUAAAACGUUUUUCAUGCCUACCGACGUUGCCACUAUCGCCUGUGAAGGUGUUGGGGUUUUCAGGCCAUGCUGAAGAUGGAAAUAGUUCAAUAGGUAAAUCCCUGAACUAGUAUCUAUAUAUUUCUUUUAAUCAUAACUUGAAGUCUAUAUAUUAUUAUUUGAAAUGAGCGACGAUUCAAAUUUUGCUUCAUUUGUCAACAAACAUCAAGAUUUUAUAUCCAUUUAAAUUGAUUAGGAGCUUAAAAUUUCAGGCCCAUUUUAGAAAAUGUGAAUUUCUGUUUUACCUAAAAACCAGGUGUGGACAUGGUACUGUGAUGAAGAAAGCCGCUAAAACAGCGGUUUUGCUUAGUCAUGUCCCAAAAUUUAGGUGCUUUACCCCUUGUCUCAAACAGGUCGUGUCUGCAACCACAGCUUUCUGAUUCAGUAACACCACUGUUUCACAGACCUUCCACGUCGCAGAACCGAUUCCAAAGCAAAACUACUCUUUUAACAUUUAGGAACAAAUUAAAUAUGUUUAUCCAUAAGUAUCACGGGCAACAUGAAAUCAAAACAUAAGUAAGUCGAUAAGCCAACAUGAAAUAAACAUCUGCAUCGGUCAUCAGCUUGUAUGGCAUCAAGCCGACCGUCUCACGCAGCUGAUAGUGGGUAUAACAAACGUGUGUCUGAAGUCUUGUAUCCAUGCAUUAAAACAUCUUGAAGGACUUAUCCCUGCUCUCCUCUACACCUGGAGAUCUUUUCGAAACAUUUAAACCAAUGGAGUUCUGACAACGAUAUGUGUGAAAAAUUGACACAAUUAAAUGUGGAAGAAUAAUCUUAUCUAAGCAAGUUCAGUUCAAAAAGUUACAUUACCUGACAACUCAUAAAGAGCUAAUACGACGUCGUGUAUUUUGUCCGCAUUAUAUUUGAUGUGGAUAUUUUUCAAGAAUCAAUCCAAUAAGUGUUUUGUUACAUGACAUGAGAAAUGAGCAAACCUGUGAUGAGCUGUAGACAGGGCAAUAGGAAUCAUGUAAUAAUAUAUACUAUUACAUUGUUUAAUCUUAACUCACCUAUAAUUGCCAUCGCCAACUAUUUCAUAAUGUGUGCCGUGUAGCAAUGUAUGUAUGUUCCUUGAUGUACUUCAACAUACUUCAGUGUCUUUUACAGUUUUAAAAUUAAAUGUCUCAAAAAUAU